UGUAGCUGCUUAACAGCGCCCAUACUGCACGGAGCAUGGAGGGCGGUACGGAUAUGAAGGUGGAAAUGUUAUCGCCUGAGCCCUAUUCGGAUUCUCUUUUGAAGAAGUUACAGGACCAGGAUCCCACCACCAUGCUUGGGAUCGUUGUUGCAGUGCUUGUAAUUCUCGUUACGAUAGUGAUUCUGAAAAUAUUCUGGGGGAGAAAAUCGACUAGGAGCGCUGUCCUUCUGGUUGGGCUGUGCGAUUCUGGGAAGACCCUUCUCUUCAGUCGACUACUGACGGGAAAAUUCAGAUUGACUCAAACGUCCAUCACAGAAAGCAGUGCCCUUUACAAACCGAAAAACGACACGGGCAGUGGCUUGACACUGAUUGACCUCCCUGGGCAUGAGAGCCUACGUCCACAAUGUGUGGAAAAGUUCAAGUCAGCUGCCAGGGCAAUCGUGUUUGUGGUGGACAGCGCCGUCUUCCAGAAGGAGGUGCGAGACGUGGCAGAGUUCAUGUACUCGCUAUUGACAGACAGUGUGGUGGCCAAAAAUGCUCCGACGCUGCUGGUGGUCUGCAACAAACAAGAUAUCACCAUGGCAAAGUCAGCCAAAUUGAUCCAGCAGCAGUUGGAAAAGGAGCUGAACACGCUGCGAGUGACACGAUCUGCAGCCCUGAGCGCCCAGGAUGGAUCAGCAGGGGGUGCCAGCGUGUACCUGGGUAAGAAGGGCAAGGACUUUGAGUUCUCCCAGCUACCCAUGCGUGUGGAGUUUGUGGAAUGCAGUGCCCGUGGCAACAAGGGUGACGAAGGGGAGGCUGGCAUUGAAAAUCUUGAGAAAUGCCUGGCAAAACUGGUGUAACAAAAAUCAGACUCCAACCUCUUACUGCUGUCAUGCUCAGCCACCUGACCAACCAUCUCUCAGAACAGCCCAGCUACAAGGGCAGCAAAUGUCUUUGUGGACACUGCUGUUUCUGAAGGCUGUCGUGUCAGUGCUGCCGUUUCUGCAGGCUGUCGUGUCAGUGCUGCUGUGUCUUCAGGUUUACGCAUGGUGAAUCAUGUCUUUGAUUCAACGUUUCAUCAUUUCCAAAGAAAGAAGGUAAAAACAGCCUCAGAAAUUUACUGAAAUAAUGUCCGGCAUUGCAUCUGCUCUGGGACCCCUAUUCCAUUAUUCCAAUAGUGUGCAAGACUACAUAAAUACAUUGUAUUACCUCCUCUGUCAAAGUAUGUCACACUGUUGAAUGUUCUUAUGCUGUAGUUUUAGGCACACAUUUGAACACAGUGAGAUUGAUAGGGCUGAACAGUAUCACAGUGUGUGUGUAUCACACAAUCUGUUCAGCCGUAUCAGCUCUCUUGCAGUUAGAAUUGUAGUUGCUUUCCUGUCUAGCUCUAGAUUAUGUAUUGCUGCAACGUGAUGCAUAAUAAUUCUCUGCUCCCAUUAGGAGUAGACUUGAAAAGCCACAUAUUGAAGUCAACUGUUCUGUGCACUUCAGACUAUUUUUUUGAUGUCUAGGUUAUAUAGCAGUCUCAGCUUUGUGCCUUGUUUGGGUUAAGAACUGAAUACAUUUGAAAAAGUAUUUCAACUAUAGAUUGUUAGUGUGGAUAUUUGUGCAUGGUGCAUAUAUUUUUUAUCCUUUUGAGAUUUGAUGAUGGAAUGAUAGGCCUGUUAGAUUGGCCAUAUGGAAGCCAACAAGGAAUGUUGUUACUUUUGCAUUGUUCAGCCCAUAAAUAAAAAAGGAUAUUGAGAGUGGUC